AUGAUAACUAGGUCAAUUAGUAAAAGGUUUUUCUCUUACACAAGGUCUGCUUUGAAUACUCUUGCCCUUAUUGAGAGUAGUGGAUCUGAAGUCACCCCAGCAUCUUUAUCGGCAAUUAGUGCUGCGUCAAAGCUUGGGGAUCCCAUUAUUGCGCUUGUGGUAGGAUCAGAAGGUAGAUCAGUGGCAACUAGGGUUACAAAUAUUCCUCAAGUAUCAAAGGUUUUACUUGCCAAAGAUGCUAAUUAUAAUCAUUAUAUUGCCGAAGAUGUGGCCCCUUUGAUCAAAGAUAUAAUGGAGAAAAAUUCAGAGAUCAAACACUUUAUUAUUCCAAAUUCUGCGGCAGGAAAAUCAAUUCUUCCAAGGGUUGGGGCUUUGUUGGAUGUUCAGCCAAUAUCAGAUGUUAUUAAAGUUAUUUCAAAGAAUGAGUUUGUGAGACCUAUAUAUGCUGGAAAUGCGUUGGCUACAGUUAAAUCAAACGAUAAAUUGAUAUUAGCAUCAAUCAGAGGAUCUUCUUUCCCACCAGCAGAAACAGAAGGGGGUAAGGCUACUGUUGAAGAGAUAACAAGUACAAGCGCAAGUCCUGAACACAAGGCUGAGUUUGUUUCUGAAAACCUCGUAAAAUCUGAAAGACCAGAGCUUGGGUCAGCAUCUAUAGUAGUUGCAGGGGGAAGAGGAUUAAAGAACAAAGAAACAUUUGACAGGUUGAUUGACCCUCUAGCCACUAAACUUCACGCUGCUAUAGGCGCUUCAAGAGCAGCUGUUGAUUCUGGCUUUUGCGAUAACUCUUUACAAGUAGGCCAAACAGGGAAAAUCGUUGCCCCUGACUUAUACUUGGCCAUCGGUAUCUCUGGAGCAAUUCAGCAUUUAGCUGGUAUGAAAGAUUCCAAGCUCAUAGCAGCUAUUAAUAAAGAUCCUGACGCUCCUAUAUUUAAGCUUGCUGAUGUUGGUUUGGUUGCAGAUCUAGAAGAAGCAAUACCCGAGCUAACAUCCAAAAUAUAA